AUGGCAAAUUCCAAUGUUCCGUUAAACCCAACCUUCAUCGGUCACGUCGCUUCCACCCUCGAUGCUUUGGUUCUAUUUGAAGCAUGUUUGAGCAGUGCGCUACACCAUGUUCCCCGAAGGCCACACGACCGAGAACGCCAGGAUCUCAUCAAGAGCGGGAAUGUCUUCAUCUACGAGGAGCAUUCGUCCGGCAUCAAGCGGUGGACUGACGGAGUUGCCUGGAGUCCCAGCCGUAUCCUCGGUAACUUUCUCAUCUAUCGUGAGCUUGACCGGCCGUUCCCACCCGGCGAGAAGAAGCGCGCCAUGAAACGCAACAAGAAACCUACAGGCGUGACGAAGCCCGAAGUCGCGCGCCAAGGCAGCGUGAACGGCACAGCCUCCAAUCUGGGCAUGGGGGAUGGUUCACAAGGCGGCAACAAGGACGCGGAGCGGGCAUUGAUUGGGUCUCUGGUUGACUCGUACCCCUUCAAGGAAAACGGACUUGUGAAGAAGACAAUCAGCGUUACUUACCAAGGCGUACCGCACCAUCUGGUGUCUUACUACAACGUGGAAGAUGUAACAGACGGCAAGCUGAUGACUCCAUCAAAAGAUCACCAGCUCUCAACCAUCAUUCCCAGAGGGGAAUUGAUUAUGUCACAAAAUUUCCGCGCCCCCAUCGACGAGGUCGAAAUGGACGAUUCGCGCGCAGGCCACGGUCUUUUCGCCCAACACUACCCGGUCAAUGGCCACCACCAGAGUCUAUCACGAGCAAUGUCGGUUCCUUCGCUACACAUGAGUGGAAUGCCUGCAACACAGUUCGCGCACCCACCGUACAUGUCGUACAUGAACCCAGUUCCUGGAUCUGUCAGCAACGUUGGCUACGCGCAGCCUCAACACCCAAGUUAUGGCUAUGAUAACCUCAGCCGUGCAGGCCGGUAUCCAUCGAGUGCCGGAUUGACUCCCGAUAUGUCGCGAAAUAUGGCACUCGAGUCCCAGCAUCACCCUCGACGACACUCGGCAGCUUACGAACCUGGUACGGGACCCGAAAUGAGUCUUGCCAGCAGUUUGCCAGCUGUUUCAACCGACCCCUCGCGGUCACUGGGCGGAGGCAACUACAUGACAUCAAUGCUGUACUCCCAGCAACGCGCUCACGACAUGUCUCCUCACGAAACCUUCCCCUCCUCGUCACCACGAAAUGUGCAUCCCGAAUCUGGAAUGGGAGGCGACCGACCAUCCCAGGGCUUUCCCAUUGAAGGGCUCAGCCGCGACACAUGGAAUACGUUUGACCAAUUGGACGACGACCAAGGUCAAUAUAUUCCCCAAGGAAGUGCGGGCUGGCCGAAUAGCAACAACAGCAACAACACACUGGGUAGGACCUGA